CCAGUUUACCGACAUGCUGUGUGGAGCAUCUGUCAAAUUGAAGUGUGAUUAUUAUUGUUUAUACUUUGGGAUUUGUUAAUAAAAAAUGAGAAAACUAAAUAAAAAUAUAAGAAAUAGGGCGAAAAUAGCAGUUCAAAAAUUGAAAAAGGGAAAUGAAAUCACAGAUUCCUUAAUUGACGAAGUAAAUAAGAAUGAAAUGCUUCAUAAAACAAUUACACCAAAAAAAAUUGGCAAAAAAAAGGACAAACUGAAACGAAAACAUAAAAAUUUAAUGAAUAAAUUUGUUACGAUGGCAGCAAAACGUAAAGAAGAGAAUGCACGUAAAAAUAGAGAGAAGACUGCUGUAGUAGGUGAUUUGAAGCCACUAAAGGAUGCACUGCCUUCUCUAGAUGAACUUUUCAAAAUGACCAAAGCAAAAGGCAAUAUCAAAACUGGUGUUAAAGAAUUUGAUGAAGAACCACAAAAAUUAAAUCCUAAACAGAAAUUUAGGCAAAAACAAAAUAAACUUAUUAGUCAAGCAAAUUCUUAUCAAGCAUUGCUUAAACAUCCUGAUUUCAAGAAGAAUCCACGUGAAGCUAUCGCAUUUCACAUAAAGUAUACACAUGGUCUAUUGGAUUUAUAAAUAAAUAAUAUUAACAAAUUCAUUCAAGUGUUUAUAGGUUUAAUUUUUUUAAUAUAAGUUUUCUUAAAUAAAGCUGUUUUUUAAUUAAUGAAUUCAUUAUUCGCAGCUUAAGAUAAAGAAAUGUUAUCAAUUUUUUUCAUAAAUAAUUUCUGUGCUAUUUGAAAUCAUAGUAAAAUAAUAUAUUAAAGCAUAUUAUUGAAUAUCAAUUAAUUAAUAUGUGUUAUGUUAAGGAUAUGUUUUUCUGUCAGCAUUUCUGUGUUUAAAAAGCUCGAGUAAAUUAAAUUUAAAAUUUUAAUGAACGAUUCUCCAAUUGUCAUUAAGAGUGAAAACUGACUUAAAUCAGCAAACUUAAACACGAAUAAGGUCAGUAUGGUAUCGCUGUACAGAGGUAUCUGAAUACAGAGAUAUCUCGGGCAACUGCAGGUCAGAUGCUCUUGCCAAGGCACGCACUCUGCUCUCUGACAUUUAAAGAAUAUAAAAAAAGAAAUCCUAGUGAAAGAAUAAAAGAAAUCAAAGCGCAAAAGCUUAACAAUCAACAAAAAAAAAAAAACAGGCGACUCAAAGCGACAAAAAUAAUUUGAGAAAUCAGCUACAAAAACUUGAUCACCAUAGGUGGUACCCAAAAUCAAUGAAAAAGUCAUCAGCAAUAAUAUA